AUCAAGUUCAAAGAUGCCGUGGGCCGGAAGUUUAGCUUCCCCUUCCAUAUCUGCCAAACCUGGGCGGGCAUGGAGGAGCUCAUCAAGCAAGCCUUUCUGCAUGUCGAUGUCAUUGGGCCCCAUGUCCAAGAAGGCCAUUACGAUCUCAUUGGGCCCAACGGCGAGAUCAUUCUGCCGACGGUUUGGGAGAAGGUAGUCCAGCCG